AUUUUUCAGUCUACCGGCCAAACGCACUUCAACGAUGAACCGCACAGGCGUCCAACUUGCCGCCAUCGACCGCCGCCUUCGCCACCUAGUGCAACAACCACAUGCAGUGCAGGAUACCACCAUGGACCACGUCAUCGCCGACUGCAGGCACAAACUGGACGACUUGCGACGACAGUUCCGUGCCUUUGUCGCCACCGAGCUCAAAGUCUUGCCCACGUCGUCUGUGCUUCACACCCGUCUUUCUCAGUGGUUAGUGGACGAAAUGUCAUCCAUGGUUGCCUCGAUUGAUCCAACGGACGAAGACGCAGAGUUCAGCACCCUCGACGGAUUCCUUCUCGUCGAGGACGUUGCGCUGCUCGACCAGUUUGUCCACCAAGUCGCCCAAUCCAUCUACAAGCUCGACGCGACUGCAGCCGCCGCCUCUGCGACUGGUGCGUUCCUCACAUCUCCCUCUGCAACUGCAGUGGUGGAUAACCCGACGCUGGUCAGCUAGAACGUGCCAGCUCACCCUAUCGCAACCUAUUUUAACUUCGUUAAUCCUAUUAAGUAUUAUGAUUCGAUAUGCCGCC